CCUCCCAAGUGCAUGUGACGCAUCUGCCUGACAGUAAACCCUACACUUGUAAUUGAAGAGGAAGUGUGUGGGGCCGGCUGACGUUCAGGACAUAGUUAGCAUUCUUCAACCAGCAGUUAAGAUGAUGCACAUAUUCGUAUAUGGCACUCUGAAACAGGGUCAGCCCAACCACUACAGGAUGCUGGAUGCCAUGAAUGGGAAGGCUGAGUUCCUCGGCCGUGCUCUGACCAUUGACAAAUACCCGCUGGUGAUAGCAGGCGAGUAUAACAUUCCAUUUCUUCUCAACCUGCCAGGAGAGGGCCAGCGUGUCCAGGGAGAAAUCUACAGGGUGAAUGACAAGAUGCUUAAGUUCCUUGACUGGUUUGAAGACUGCCCAAAAAUGUACCAGCGAACAGAGGUCCUGCUUGAAGUGGAGGAUUGGGUUGGGGAUGAAGAGAGAAAACCUAAGGACAGCAGCACCACUAAGGCCUUUAUAUACAGUACAACCACUUACAAGCCUGAAUGGCUCCAAAAUGCAACUUUCAGUAGCUAUGAUUCAAAUGGUGAUCACGGUCUGCAGUAUGUGACUAGAGAGAGCAGAAACAUUGAUUGACAUGUAAUCAGGAGCAGUGCGUCCUUACAUCUGUGACAAAAGUUUAAAAAAAAAUGAGAAUGAAAAAGAAUUUUACUAAUAAAUUUCUAAACAUUUUAUGUUAGGCGCCCUAAAAUUAAUAUAUAUUUUUUUUUACAAAUAAUUCUCACAACCUGCUAUUUGUAUCAGUUUAACUGGAAACUUUCAUAUUUAAAUUGUAUACUGUAGACUGAAGAAUAAAUAAACAUAAAUGUACUUAGUUAAACAAAUAAAAAAAUGAAUUUUGGCAGUAA